GACGAGCGGAGCGCAGUUGAGAGGCAACGGGAGCACGCGUGUGCGAUUUGACUGAGCAGAACCGCAACAGGACAGGGACCGGCAGCAGGCAGGCUUCAUUUGAACUCAAGUUGCAAGAUAACAGUAAAAGCGCAGGUAUUAGCGGGGUGUUAGGAGCCGAGGUUUCUUUAGCGGACUUUUGAGGUUAGUGUAUUUAAGACUUGAGAAAGAAGACAGCCGCAUAAAAAGAGUUGGAUCGUGAGAAGAGGAGAGGGGAAUAUGAACGACGUCAAAAUCGCAGUGCUAGGCAGUGAUGGAGUUGGGAAGUCGGCCCUGAUUGUGAGGUUCCUGACACGGCGGUUCAUCGGUGAAUACGCAUCUGCUUCUGAGUGUAUCUACAGAAAGCGCUUGUCCAUCGAUGGGAAGCACAUGAAUCUUGAAAUCUACGACCCCUGUUCACAACCCUGUGAUGGAAGAUCAUCGCUGAAUGAUCAAGUGCACUGGGCGGAUGUCUUUGUGGUGGUAUAUGACAUUAGUGACAGGUCCUCCUUCACAACUGCAAAGGCCAUCGUACAGCUCAUACGAGACCUGCAUCUGGGAGCUGCAAAAAGAGAUGGCGAGUCUGUGGUGUUCUUGGUUGGCAACAAGCAGGAUCUGUGCCACGUGAGGGAAGUAGAUCGAGAGGAGGGGCAGAGGCUGGCAGCCGAGGCCAAGUGCCAGUUCUACGAGCUGUCAGCGGCGGAGCACUACCAGGAGGUGGCGCUCAUGUUCUCGAAGGUGGUGAGGAAUGCCAGCCUCAGCGUCAAAGCCAAGGACAAGAGGAGGCCCAGCAGCACCAAAUCCAUGGCCAAGCUCAUCAACAACGUCUUUGGGAAAAGGAGGAAAUCUGUGUAGUAUGGCCUGGACCACUGCAAAACACACACAAGGACUGCACUAGAACCGCAUGCUGGCCAAUAUGGGCUGGGAGGAAGCACAAGGGUGUGCAUCCACUGAAUGUAUGUUAUUUUCUUGUAAGUUAUUUUGUGCAGUUUGAGUAUCGUAUCGCAUUGUCCUAUGGAGGCCUGGUCUCAAGUGAAAGGAUGUCUGGUCAGUGGGCUCAGUUCGGACAUCAGAGUAUCUCCCAACCCGUAGCCAUGGAGAUGAAUGGGUCAGGAGGAAGGUGCACUCUCUUGCUUGCACCUUUUAUUGUGAUAGUGGUCAAAUAGGUAACUGGGUAUAGUGCAUCAUUACUAUAGUGUAGGUUCUGUACUAGAAAAGGAAGCAAGCACCGAAUUCAUAGCAUGUUACUUCAGGGAUGGGAAUAAGACUCCCAUUUCAUAGCUUUUGAUCCAUUCCUGGUUUAAUAAGACACACAUGAGCUUGUUGCCUAUACGGUGUGGCUAAUCAAGCUCAUAGUAAAACAUGGAAUGGGCGAAACUGCUCUGCAAUAGGAGUCUUCUUCCCAGCCCUGUAUUUGCGGAGUGCUAGUAGGCUGGUGGUCUUGGGUCCCCCACACUGCCAUCCAUGACAAACACACAGCAAGUGGCUACUCAUAAACUGGCCUGUUCUCUCCUUGAAAACACCACUUUUAAUUCCACUAAGGCUGACCCAGAAUAGCUCCUAAAUAUCCAAAUAGAACCAAAACACAGCUCUAUCUAGUGAAUCUAUAGUGUUCUACUGCCAAAAUCCUUAUCAAAACAACACCCGCCCACACCCUACUUCAGGCAAAUGACCCCAAUGCAAAUGUUGAAAGGGUUUAUUCUAGCUACUGUAUUAUAAAUAAGCUUUUUAAUAAAGCUUUGUCCAAAUCCUUGUUCAUCUAUAGAUGUGCCGAUGUCAUCCCUGUGCGCAGAACAUAUGACACAAUUCCAAAGUUAAACUAAAAAAAACAUUUUUUAUGUUUGGAUUACAAGACUUGCUAUUGUGAUUUAUAAUAAUUAUGUUGUGCAUAAGAGAGAUUAUUUCAUAUCUUAUAUCAUUUAAAAAAGUCUUAACUGGCCGUGCACUACUUCCACCUGCGAAGUUGAUUUCCAGUUAUAUGCUUGCUUGCUAAAUAUCUUGGUGUCCCUGAAUAGAUAAUCUUCUCUAAGAUGGCACCACUGCUUUAUUAAGAAAGCUUUCUGUUAUGUUGCAGUGGUGACUGGUUAAGAACAAACACAGUCAUUCUGCAUUGUUAGGAGAAGGAGAACAUUGUGGGGCUUGCUGCACUAACAACCAUGCACUUGAAGAGAGGAAAAUAAUCGUAUAAUAUAAAAAGUAUGAGAAAGUGUACUCUGAUGAAGGCAGUAUGGAACACGUUUGUCUACCUGAGCUGGGAUUUACUGAAGAUUUUUCACAGCUGUGUUAGUUGAUUCAUGUAUCCAUGUAAUUCUCCUGGCUGCAGUGACUUGUGUAAAUGUACCAGGCAGGCAUUGCAAGUUAAACACACUGUGGGUAUCAAUCCCUUUAGUUUAGUGUUUGUAUACCCACCUGAUGCAAUAGUAGAUUAAAGCAUUAGUGUUAUCUAUCACCUUUAAGUGCACUCCAAACAAAACUGAUUCAUUCAAACUAGCAGUGAUGUAAAGUUUCUGUUUUGAUUGCAGAUUGAAUGUGGAAUGAUAUAUAUCUCUGUUUGUGUGCAAGUAAAUAUUUAAACUCUGCCGUCACUAAUGUAAAUAGUUCAGUACAAAUUACCGAAACUUAAAAUGAAUGCUUUCAUUGGGAAUGGUUGGUUUUUAUAUAUUGCUUUAAAUAUGUACAGCUGCUGCUGCUGCACAGCUACAUACAGAGGGGUGGGGCGCAGGGAUCGUGCAUUGAUUGUAUAGUAUGCAGAAUCUGGGGUCGCACAUGGAAUGAAAAAGAAAAUGCUUGCCAACUGCUGCAAUCAACCUGUGCUUUCAUGUUACUGUAAUGUAAUAAAUGAGAAUGCAUCCUGCUA